UGCUAGAACCGCCGCAGCCGCUGCAGCCGCCUUUAAGUGCCGCGUUCGCCUCCGGGAUUGGUACCGGCGCGCCGCCGAGAAAGCAGCUGCAACCGGGUCGGGAGUGGAGGCGGCGCGGCAUGAAGCGGCGCAGACCCGCUCCGUAGCUCGCGUCGGGACGGUCCGGGCUGGGCCGGGGCGGGGGGAAGGAUUGGAUGGUGAGAAAAGGAAAGACUCCUGUGAGAAGAGAGCAGAAUGAGCAGAGGGAUCUAUGCUUGAAGUUGAGUCACUUGAAAAAAGAUCUCUUUGAAUGUGGAAGAGAUCUGAGCAGAUGAAAAUACAGUCAGGAAAAUGCAACAUGGCAGCAGCGAUGGAAACAGAGCAGCUGGGCGUUGAGAUCUUUGAAACUGCAGAGUGUGAGGAGCAUAUUGAAUCACAGGAUCAGCCUAAAUUGGAGCCAUUUUAUGUUGAGCGGUAUUCCUGGAGUCAGCUGAAAAAGCUGCUUGCUGAUACCAGAAAAUAUCAUGGCUACAUGAUGGCAAAGGCACCACAUGAUUUUAUGUUUGUAAAGAGGAAUGACCCAGAUGGGCCUCAUUCAGACAGGAUCUAUUACCUUGCUAUGUCUGGUGAGAAUAGAGAAAAUACACUGUUUUAUUCUGAAAUUCCCAAAACCAUCAACAGAGCAGCAGUCUUAAUGCUAUCUUGGAAGCCUCUUUUGGAUCUUUUUCAGGCAACACUGGACUAUGGAAUGUAUUCCCGAGAAGAGGAACUAUUAAGAGAAAGAAAACGUAUUGGAACUGUUGGAAUUGCUUCUUAUGAUUAUCAUCAAGGAAGUGGAACAUUUCUGUUUCAAGCUGGUAGUGGAAUUUAUCACAUAAAAGAUGGAGGGCCACAAGGAUUUACUCAACAACCUUUACGGCCCAAUUUAGUGGAAACCAGUUGUCCCAACAUUCGGAUGGAUCCCAAAUUAUGCCCUGCUGAUCCAGAUUGGAUUGCUUUCAUACACAGCAAUGAUAUUUGGAUAUCCAACAUUGUAACUCGAGAAGAAAGGAGGCUCACCUAUGUGCACAAUGAGCUAGCCAAUAUGGAAGAGGAUCCCAGAUCAGCUGGAGUUGCUACCUUUGUUCUUCAAGAAGAGUUUGAUAGAUAUUCUGGUUAUUGGUGGUGUCCAGAAGCUGAAACAACUCCCAGUGGCAACAAAAUUCUUAGAAUUCUGUAUGAAGAAAAUGAUGAAUCCGAGGUGGAAAUAAUUCAUGUUACAUCACCUAUGUUGGAAACAAGGAGGGCAGAUUCAUUCCGUUAUCCUAAAACUGGUACAGCAAACCCUAAAGUCACUUUUAAGAUGUCAGAAAUAAUGAUUGAUGCAGAAGGAAGGAUUAUAGAUGUCAUUGAUAAGGAACUAAUACAGCCUUUUGAGAUUUUGUUUGAAGGUGUUGAAUAUAUUGCCAGAGCUGGAUGGACUCCAGAGGGAAAAUAUGCUUGGUCCAUCCUACUAGAUCGCUCCCAAACUCGCCUACAGAUAGUGUUGAUUUCGCCUGAACUGUUUAUCCCAGUAGAAGAUGAUGCUAUGGAAAGACAGAGACUCAUUGAAUCAGUGCCUGAUUCUGUUACCCCACUGAUUAUCUAUGAAGAAACAACAGAUAUCUGGAUAAAUAUCCAUGACAUCUUUCAUGUUUUUCCCCAAAGUCAUGAAGAUGAAAUUGAGUUUAUUUUUGCCUCUGAGUGCAAAACAGGUUUCCGUCAUUUAUAUAAGAUUACAUCCAUUUUAAAGGAGAGCAAAUAUAAACGAUCAAGUGGUGGGUUGCCUGCCCCAAGUGAUUUCAAGUGUCCUAUCAAAGAAGAGAUAGCAAUUACCAGUGGUGAAUGGGAAGUACUUGGCCGGCAUGGAUCCAAUAUCCAAGUUGAUGAAGUCAGAAAAUUGGUAUAUUUUGAAGGCACCAAAGACUCUCCUUUAGAACAUCACCUGUAUGUGGUUAGUUAUGUAAAUCCUGGAGAAGUGACAAGGCUGACUGACCGUGGCUAUUCCCACUCAUGCUGCAUCAGCCAGUAUUGUGACUUCUUUAUAAGUAAGUAUAGUAACCAGAAGAAUCCACACUGUGUGUCCCUUUAUAAGCUUACAAGUCCUGAAGAUGACCCAACCUGCAAAACAAAGGAAUUUUGGGCCACCAUCUUGGAUUCAGCAGGUCCUCUUCCUGACUAUACCCCUCCAGAAAUUUUCUCUUUUGAAAGUACUACUGGAUUCACAUUGUAUGGGAUGCUGUACAAGCCUCAUGAUCUACAACCCGGAAAGAAAUAUCCCACUGUGCUGUUCAUAUAUGGUGGUCCUCAGGUGCAGUUGGUGAAUAAUCGUUUUAAAGGAGUCAAAUAUUUCCGCUUGAAUACUCUAGCCUCUCUGGGCUAUGUGGUUGUAGUGAUAGACAACAGGGGAUCCUGUCACCGAGGGCUUAAAUUUGAAGGCGCCUUUAAAUAUAAAAUGGGUCAAAUAGAAAUUGAUGAUCAAGUGGAAGGACUCCAGUAUCUAGCUUCCCGGUAUGAUUUCAUUGACUUAGAUCGUGUGGGCAUUCAUGGCUGGUCCUAUGGAGGAUACCUUUCCCUCAUGGCAUUAAUGCAGAGAUCAGAUAUCUUCAGGGUUGCUAUUGCUGGGGCCCCGGUCACUCUGUGGAUCUUCUAUGAUACAGGCUACACUGAACGUUAUAUGGGUCACCCUGACCAGAAUGAGCAGGGCUAUUACUUAGGAUCUGUGGCCAUGCAAGCAGAAAAGUUCCCCUCUGAACCAAAUCGUUUGCUACUCUUACAUGGGUUCUUGGAUGAAAAUGUCCAUUUUGCACACACCAGUAUAUUACUAAGUUUUUUAGUGAGAGCUGGAAAGCCAUAUGAUUUACAGAUUUAUCCUCAGGAGAGACACAGCAUACGAGUUCCUGAAUCUGGUGAACAUUAUGAACUGCAUCUUUUGCACUACCUUCAAGAAAACCUUGGAUCACGCAUCGCUGCUCUGAAAGUGAUAUAAUUUUGACCUGUGUAGAACUCUGGUAUACACUGGCUUUUUAACCAAAUGAGAAGGUAUAAUCAACAGAGAACAUAGAAUUGAUCAUCAUCAUCAUAUUUUGGUACCUACCACAUAAAUAUACUUCUGAAAGUUUAUUUGGUGCCAGCAGGCACCUAUAGCUUGUGGAUAGUAAUCUUAUACCUUAAACAUACAUACACAAAAGUGAAUGACAUACAUUUCUAAGGGAUCCAGCAAUACCAUGAGAACUACUGAAAGAAAUAAGACAUUAACACCAUGUAUCCAUACUACUUUAUUUUCACUUAUAAUAGCAUUAUAAACCUCAUGGACUUAGUGUAUUUUUACAUUAUACUUCUGAGUUUAUUCAGAUAUGAUAUUAGUGAUUGGUUUGGUUCAAUUCCAGAAUCUCUGACUAGUUACAGAUUUGAGAGCACUUAAAUGUAAUUGAAUAUCUUAUGCUUCAUUGCUUGGGGUGUAUCCAGCAUGUUAUGAACUAAUCACUAUUAAACUUAACCAGUCAUUAAUGAAUUUUCAGGAUAACUUAGUGGCCUCCUAAAGACACUGACUUCAUUCAAGCUCUGACAAGUUUCUAGCCAAUUUAAAUUGUAUUUAGUAUAAAUAGUUCUCUUUAAUGAUAUGACAGAGUGGAUUUUUCCUUUCACAUAAAGGCAAGUAACUGUAUAUGUAGCAUGGAUUAAAUUAGUCUUAUAAUAUUGAUAAUUACAGGCAGAAAAUUUUAAUUAAAUGAUUAGAAUUUAAAUAUUUGCAGGCAAUUUCUUUUCCUUUAGGAAAAGGAAAAAGUACAUAUUCACUUGUAUUCUUCAGAAAAUUGAGUGGUGCCAGUUUCCAUUGGGUACUUCCUUACUAAUUGUUUCCAAGUCUUAGGGAGGUCGAGGGGAAUCAUGGUGGGCUGGGCAGAGCAGGGUGUGGAAAAUGACAGGGCGAGUCUGCUCAAGAACUGAGUAGAAGUACAGUCUGACCAAAAAUACUCAUAAACAAGUUUUGGAAGUAAAAUUUAAGCUCCUAGAAUAUUAGUUAAGGAAACCAGAAUUAAAUCACUCUCUUGCUAUAGUCACAGACUAACAUUAUAUAGGGGAGGAAAUGUUCUUAGAGUUGCUUUGUAAUCCUAACUCAAUUUUUAAUUUUCUUUUAAUUUGGAAACUUUGCAACUUUAAACCUUUUUCUAUCCUUAUUAUUUAAGCGUAAGUUAAUUUGUGAGCAUCAAAUCAAAAGGUUUCCUGACAACCUCAUUAUUUUAACAUAAACUGAUCUCUGUCUUUUUCAGUGUUCCUGAAUGACCCUGACUUUUUCCCCAGUUAGCCAUAGCCCUUGACAUUAAGGGAGCUCAUAGACUUUUAGGUGCUGAUUGGGAUAUGCCUUCUUAAAGCUUUGGGGUGCUAGAUGGGUCACAUGGGAGCUAGUGGCAGAGAAAGCACUAUGACCCUUUGUAUCACAAGCUUUGGUGUUUAUUAGAAAGUUGUUGCCAGUGCUUUUAAACAUCACUCUAAGAAAAUUUGCUCUUUUCCUUUCUCCACCCUGUCUUCUACAGGGACAGUAGAUUUCUCCCAUAGAAAGCAUAGCCAUCUUUAGUAAGGAUGGUAACUGCACUGCACGUGGGUCUUGUCAUUGAGGACCAGAUGGGAAGUGGGAGUAAUCCAGCAAUGGCAGGGUGACCUGUGGUCCUGUCCUUGGGAAAGGGAUUGGGUUUUGCGCUUUGUGUAUUUAUACUGCAUAAUAGGUAUCACACUUUUAUUGUCUGUAUAUGUAUUGAUUUUCUUGUUUAUGAUAUUUUCCCAUGCCAAGAUUUGUUUAUAUUUUUUUGCAAUGUUAAAUUAAAUUGAUUUGGGUAACUUUUCUUCCCCAAGAAAGUAUUUUCCCCCAUGACUUACAUAUAUAUAUAUAUAUAUAUAUAUAUAUAUAUAUAUAUAUAUAGAUGGGUUUUGUCUGUGGAAUAGUUGGCUUCCAAGGAUCUGUCCUUCUGUGCAAAGUAGAAGUGAUAUACAGUGGCUUUUAGACAGCUACUCAUUUGAAAUAUCUUGCCCAUUAAGGUGUUCUUUCAAAAUAACAUCUCUUAUUUUGCCCAAACAAACUUUAAAGAAAUCUUUAAUUCACAGGUAUUUUUCCUUUUGCAUUCUCCUUUCCUCUUAUCUGAAGAAAUGCUUUUGUUCCUUUUCCCAGUUACAUAUAACUGCCAUUCUUCUUAGAGAGGGGGGUCCUGGGGAGGGAGGACUACUUUGGGGUGGGAGGGUUGUACCUGACUGAAUUUACUUACAGAAGAUAGCUGGUCUGAAAAAUUUUUUUUAAUAUCAAAGUGGAAAACAUCAUAGUUAAUUUAAGUAUUGAGUAGAAAUCUUACUAAAACUACUGGGAUCCUGUCUAAGGGUAUUACAACUUAUAAGAGACAAAAGUAGCAACAAUUACGGUGAGAACCAGAAAGCACUAGGUUAAACAUCAAAUGGGAAUUUUGCAGACUUGGUAAAUGUGUGCAGUUGAGCAACCCAUCAGUAAGCAGAGUUGCUUAUACAUUUUUGAACAGUGGGUCUCAAAAUCUAAGAUUCAUCUGGGAUAUUUUAAAAGAAACACAGAGUCUGAUCCUUACUCUUAGAAAUUUGAAUUCAGUUGAUAGGAGAGAGAAACCAGUGACCUGCAAUUCUGAUAGACUUUCUAGGUGAUUCUAAAGCAAGUUGUUGUGGGCUACUUUUAAGAAACUUUUUAUAGAAGAUGAAAUUGGGUUAAGAGAAUAAUAGGUAAUUUUUACAUUGGACUAAUUUUUACAUAAGAACCUCAAACAAUAGUCAAGAAUGAUGCUUAUUUAUAACUAUUGGCAACUUCUCCCUCUGAAAGAAGCAGAAAGUAUUAUUAACUGUAUCUUCCUGUUGUCUGAAGAUUCAUUUUGAAUGAAGGUUUUUCCUUCAGUGCCAUUCCUGGCUUGCUUCCAAAGCCUCAUACAUGUGGAUGAAGUCACAGUGCAUAUGUUACCUUUUGAAAGAAUGAGAUAGAAGUAUUGAUGCUGUCUUUGCUAUUUCUUUUAUUCCUUAAAGAAGGUGUAUCCCACCUCUCUGUAAUAGUAUUCUCUCUUUAGGUAGAAUGAUUCCUAUAAGAUUUCUUUAAUUAUAGAAUCAUAAAAAUUUUCAGCUAUUAUAUCUUUGAUAUAAUCUAAUGUUCUCAUUUAUUAAGGAGGAACCUACAUAUAGAGAGGAAGAAAUAUACACAUAGCCACAUAGCCAGUUAGUGUUCACGUGGUACUGGACUCCAUCCCAUCUCCUGACUCAUGGUAGUUAAAUGAUAUGUAGAAAAGGCAAAUUUUUAAAAAGUAUUUAUUAAUAUAUUCCUAUGAAACAUUUAAAAAAUAACAUGAAAUGGUUAAUUUUUUCCAUUCUAAAGUAAAUGCUAAGCAUGCUUAUUAAUGAAGCAGUACUUCUAAUUAGUAUAUGACAUUCUGAAAUUAAUUACACUAGAAACCUUAAAUUAUUACACUAAAUGUGUCUUCCUUGUUAGGUUGGGGUUUUGGGAUUGGAGUAUAAAGUGCGUAUUUAAGCUUAAGGGCCCAACUUACAGCUAUUUAGAGUGAAAAAGAGACACAGCUGUCUAAGAUACAUAAGGUGAAGGUCCAUUCCCAGUGGACAUACAGGAAUUAAGGAAACCUCCGUGACUCCCAUCUUCCCAACCCCACCCAGCCUCUCCUCUCCAUCUUGCAGCCUAAAUAUGGAGACAUGUUUAUGCAAAACGCUGGCUCUUCUUAUUUCGUCAAGAGACAGCUCUAGGUAAUCAAUUCAGAAGUGUCCCCCACAGAGAAAGAAAAAGUAGUGUUUGUAUGUUUGUUUUUAAAUAACCCAAAUACAAAUUUAUGUUGUAUUCAGCACAAUUGGAGUUCGGUUCUUUAAUUUUAGAACAUAAAAGUGCCUGCUGUUUUAAGCAUUGAUUUGUAUAAAUGGAUUUGCAUGUCUCACUCCAGUAAGUUUUUGGGUUUUCUCAUUUUCAGCUACCUGGCUUUAAAUCAUGUAAAGUGGAACAUUAUUAGUUUUGUUGCAUUUUAUUACAGUUUCUUUGUUGCAAUAAAGACGCUGCUAAAAUUA